AUGUUACAGAGUGUUUCAGGGUUUGCAGCUCUUAGAGAAAAGCUUUCAGAGAACGAAGAGGUUUCAACUGCAGCUCCAGCUUUCGAUGCACAAGUGUGCUUUCCUUCUAAGUUCUUCCCAAAUUUCCUCGUUGACCUCAAUCUCUGGUUCACAAGCGAGUACGGUGAUUACUUGCUCAUAGAAAAGCCUUCUUUCUUUGUUGGGCUUAUGUGGCUCGAGCGUCUCUUCCAAUGGCCACUUGCCAUUGCAAAUCUUUAUGCUAUUCUUGUGGGAGGGAAGCUCUGGUUCAAUUCUACUUGCCUAGUCUAUGGAGUCUCUGUUUUUACUGGAAUGAUUGCUGUAUUAGCAGAGCUGAUAUUGUCUUCCAGAAUCACGAAUGUAUUGUUGAUGAUGUGCCUGUUUGGUGCAGCUUAA